AUGUGGGAUAGGUUGACAUUUGAGUGUGCCCAAGGAGCCAUCAUCGGCUUCGGCAUCGGCCCGACCCAAGGAGCCAUGUUUGAGCCCUCCAGCCGACCGUCCAAGCCUGAGCAGAACGAUAAGGCUCUGCCUGCCGCCGAGGUGGGUGGGGUGAAGCGCAUCGCUGCCAUCAAGGCCUAUUGCAGCCAUCCGAAGCGGGCAAAAACCCACAUCAGGAAGGACAAAUAUGAGAAGAAUGUGAACAAGUAUCUUUAUGAAACCUCUGACACCUUGGAGUACAACAAAGAAGAAGAGGAGACGGUCACCCACACCUUGGAGUUUGAUGUCUCUGGGCCAUCAUCGGCCGCUUUCCCCACGAUGCGUGAAGGUUUGGUGGAGGCCCGAGAGACCCGUUCCCGUCGCCCAAAAGCCAUCAAAGACAAGGAGCCGACAGAUGACGAUGAUGAUGAUGAUGAUAGCGCGGCUGAUGUUAUGGAUGAGCAAACAUCGGACACGAAUGAGGACGGCAACAGCGAUGACCAAAUGAGCACGAGCAGAGCGAGCAAACGAAAGGCUGGAAGUGCCAGUACCGUGUCCAAGCGACGCAGGGAAGACAACGAUGUGUUCAACGUUGAUGAAAUUCUGAACCAGAUCUUGAAGACCAAUGCGAAGAUGAACUCCCUGAUUCCCAGAUUGACUGAGCUUGGGGGCGAUGAAGCUGCUAAGGAAAUCAAGCAGCUCGAGGCCAGAAAGGCAUCCCUUUUGUCCCUUCAUGAUGGCAUUGCUGGUUUGAAGGCAGAGUAUGAUGCUGAUCAGACAAUGUCCCCGGAGUGCAGCAAAGCAGCGAUGGACCAUAAAAAAUUGACCAGGACAUUGCUCAAGAAGAACGCAUCGACUCCGGGAGGACGAGGGGGGCCCGAUGUUGAGCCCAAGGCAAAAGCGAAAGCGAAGGCAAAGUCUGACACCAGACCUGGGGCCAAAAAGGGACCCAAAUCCAAGAAGUAA